CUUUUGCAGAUGUGAAGGGCCAGUGAACUUUGGACCCAGACAGUUGCUUAACACUCCUCUCCCCCUCCCUCACCCUCCGCCCUUCUUGACUUCUUGAUUUGCCUGAAAUCCCUAAGCGUUUGCCUGGCCUUUCCUUUUACUGCUGGCUGAAAAGGAGGAGCGGUCAGACCACAGUUCCUGGAGGCUGCGUCUCCUGUGACUGCUGCUGGCCACCGUGGGAACCUGCUGACCCCAGGGCCAGGGAAGGGCAAUGCCAGGAAGCUGGUGACGUCUUUCUUCUCCUCCACCAUGGUUGACGGUGUUAAGUAUGAAGUGGCCUCCCAGCAUGAGAAAGAUGCCUCCCCUUUAGCUGAGGAGGCCAGCCCAGGGUCUGAGCAGGUAAAGCUGAAGAAGGAGAUCUCGCUGCUUAACGGCGUGUGCCUGAUUGUGGGGAACAUGAUUGGCUCGGGCAUCUUUGUUUCUCCCAAGGGCGUGCUCAUGUACAGUGCCUCCUUUGGCCUCUCCCUAAUCAUCUGGGCUGUCGGGGGCCUCUUCUCCGUCUUUGGGGCCCUUUGUUAUGCGGAACUGGGCACCACCAUUAAGAAAUCUGGGGCCAGCUACGCCUACAUCCUUGAGGCCUUCGGGGGACUCCUUGCCUUCAUCCGACUCUGGACCUCCCUCCUCAUCAUCGAGCCCACCAGCCAGGCCGUGAUUGCCAUCACCUUUGCCAACUACAUGGUGCAGCCCCUCUUCCCGAGCUGCUUCGCCCCCUAUGCUGCCAGCCGCCUGCUGGCUGCUGCCUGCAUCUGUCUCUUAACCUUCAUUAACUGUGCGUAUGUCAAGUGGGGAACCCUGGUACAAGAUAUUUUCACCUAUGCUAAAGUAUUGGCACUGAUCGCCAUCAUCAUCGCAGGCAUUGUUAGACUUGGCCAGGGAACCUCAACUCACUUUGAGAAUUCCUUUGAGGGCUCAUCUUUUGCAAUGGGUGACAUUGCCUUGGGACUGUACUCAGCUCUGUUUUCCUACUCGGGCUGGGACACCCUCAACUAUGUCACUGAAGAGAUCAAGAAUCCUGAGAGGAAUCUGCCCCUCUCCAUUGGCAUUUCCAUGCCCAUUGUCACCAUCAUCUACAUCUUGACCAAUGUGGCCUAUUACACCGUGCUAGACAUGAGGGACAUCCUGGCCAGUGAUGCUGUUGCUGUGACUUUUGCAGACCAGAUUUUUGGAAUAUUCAACUGGACAAUUCCACUGGCAGUUGCAUUAUCCUGUUUUGGUGGCCUCAAUGCCUCCAUUGUGGCUGCUUCUAGGCUCUUCUUUGUGGGCUCAAGAGAAGGCCAUCUCCCCGACGCCAUCUGCAUGAUUCAGGUUGAGCGGUACACGCCGGUGACAGCUCUGCUCUUCAAUGGUAUCAUGGCACUGAUCUACUUGUGUGUGGAGGACAUCUUCCAGCUCAUUAACUACUACAGCUUCAGCUACUGGUUCUUUGUGGGGCUCUCUAUUGUGGGUCAGCUUUAUCUGCGCUGGAAGGAGCCUGAUCGACCUCGUCCCCUCAAGCUCAGCCUUUUCUUCCCCAUUGUCUUCUGCCUCUGCACCAUCUUCCUGGUGGGUGUUCCACUUUACAGUGAUACCAUCAACUCCCUCAUUGGCAUUGGCAUUGCCCUCUCAGGCUUGCCCUUUUACUUCCUCAUCAUCAGAGUGCCAGAACACAAACGACCUCAUUGCCUGCGAAGGAUUGUGGCAUCCACCACAUGGUACCUCCAGGUCCUAUGUAUGUCAGUUGCUGCAGAGAUGGAUUUGGAAGAUGGAGGAGAGAUGCCCAAGCAACAAGAUCCCAAGUCUAACUAAAUACCUCCUGGAAUCCUGAGAUAUGGAAAGCAGGGGCCUCUUGUCUUAUACCGGCUGGAGCCAAGGAAGUUGAAAAGGAAAGCUGACUUCUUUGGAGGCACCUGUCCAGAAGCCUGGUGUGGGGAGCUUUAACAGCUUUGACCUUGCUUUUUGAGAGAUGGAAAGUAAUUUAUUUGUUUUGCUACCUAUUGUUCUAGAUUUUUUUAAAGGGACAAUAAAGCAGACUAUGGUGGGGAGCAUGUCAGGUGUGGGCUUGGUUGUUCUAAUAGCACAUUCCCAUGUGUUAAGAUAUUCACUCACCUCUGGAUGUGCCUACCCACUCUUUUCCUUUAAAAGGGCCACUAAUGCUCCAAAUUUGUCUCCUUUAGAGAGACACAAAACUGUCACAGAUGCUGGACAAUAAAAGGGUUAUGUUCCUAAGCUUUGAGUGGCUUCGUUUUAUAUAGUGUCCCUGGGACAGCUCCCAUUAACCUGGCAGGAAGACUAAAAACAAUCUUAUGCUUGAAAGUAUCCAAGUAUUUCUUCCCUCUCAAGCCAGUGGCUGAAGGCUGAUGCAACCAAUCUCUACCCAAGAGAACACCUAAAGUGCUAUAGCAAAAUGUUAGGUUGUUAGAAAAAAACUGUACCAGCUUCCAUUCUUUUUAAUUAUCACUAAGAAUUUGAGCACAUCUACUACUUGAAGGAUACUUUAUAGGUAAUCUUGGGGUAAAUAAAUGUGGUUACUCUAUUUAGCUACAGUCUGAACUCAUCAGGCAUACCUCUGUGACUACACUGCAAAUAUGGAUAGAACAUAUCUAUGGGGUGGGGCCUAAGCUCUUAAUGCCACUGGAUACAACACCAAGACAUUUCCUAAGAGCAUGGUCCAGCAAGAGCAAUCACCACCCAAUCUAUUCCUCAUUUUUCUGAAGCACACAAUCCAUUUCCCUGUUUAAUAAGUAUCAGAAAGCAGCAUGUAGUACAGAAGUUUACUAACUCUGGAUGGGAAGAUCACUUGGCUCCCCAGUGCCGUCUUACACUUAGAUGUAAAAGUCUGUAGUGGAAUCCACUUU